GGUGACCGUCGGUAUCGAAGGAUCGUUCUAUUCGCCUCCAACGAUCUCCGCCGGCCUGAACGACACGGUCGUCUUUGUCUUCGGCGGAGACGUGCACACUGUCACGCAGAGCACCUUCGCGUCGCCCUGUGUACAGCUGGCUGGCGGGUUCAACAGCGGAUUCGCAGGGAGGGGCCCCAACUUCUCGAACCCGAUAACGACAUGGACGUUGCGGAUCACGAAUGUUUCUGAACCGAUAUGGUAUUUUUGCCAGGCGUCGAUGCCCACAUCGCAUUGCGAGUCAGGGAUGGUCGGGUGCGUGGUCUCUGUGCUCCUGUCCCCUCCCGCCUUGCGCUGAGUCGCAGCAGCGCCAUCAACCCCCCGAGUAUCGUGAUGUACAACCAGUUUGUGGCCGCGGCCAAGGCGGCUACUGGGACACCGACA